CGGGUCUGAACCAGGAAGUGUGGACACGCCCAUCAGCUGUUGCCAGUCACAUUGAGGAGUCGAGCCCUGAGGAAAGCGGGUCACCAGGUAACGGGCAACACGGGCGGAUCCGGGCGUCUAGGAGGCGACUGCGGUAACCACGGGGCGAUCUACGUGAUGUGUGGGUCAGGUGCCCGCUGCGCCCCCCGGAUAACAGAAGUUUGGCCUCUAUAGCAAAGGGCGCAGCUAUGAACGGAGUCAGGAAAAAGCGGGCGUCUAGAGGAGGGCGAGACACUGAUGACGUUCUGUGCUGCUGCGAGUAUAUCAACCAGAAGGGCGAGAGGAGUCACCUGGCCGCCUGUCUGUGCGACUGCGAGGACCUGGACGAGGCCUGUGACAGAUGGAUCACUUGUAAGUCGCUGCAGCCGGAGGUCUUGGUGAGGGCGAUAGAGACUGCGUCUGAUCGUUUUCGUGUCCCAUGGAUUCGUGGUGCUAAGAAGGUUGACCUCAGUGUCCUGCCCCCGCUGGUUCUGCUGCCCAUCUCUCUCCAUGUGGCAGCUUUCCAUGUGCUCCUGGGGGUGGUGGUCCUCAGCUCCCUGCCGAUUCUGGUGAUCUGGUAUUAUCAGCUGACCCAUCGGCGCAAGGGGAAGACCCUCCUCUUCCUCAGCCUCGCCCUCUUCUCUCUGGGCUACAUGUAUUAUAACUUUGUGCAGGAGGUCCUUCUUAAAGGUCACAUCGGCUGGGGUCACUUCUCCGCCAUCACCUGCGGCCUGCUGCUGACUCUUCUGUGUCUAGCGAAGGCAAAGCAGGAUCCGGGCUACCUCCGCAGAAGCACCCGGGGGGCAGCAAUGGGGAAGAGGGAGUGUGCCAACGGGGUGUCCACGGCUGAGGACCCCGCCCCCCGGAGUCAGACUGGGAUCCAGGAGGAAAACGUAAAUCUUAUCACUGAGAAGAACUGGUGUAAAAUCUGCCAAGUGCUGAGACCCCCCCGGAGCGGCCACUGCAGGAUCUGCGGGAGCUGCGUCCAGCGGAUGGACCAUCACUGCGUGUGGAUUAAUAAUUGUAUUGGAGCUCGGAACCACAAAUUCUUCCUCUUGCUGCUUGUGAUUUUCCAGUUCACCUCUCUUUACGGGUUAAUGGUGACCCUCAGCGCUUUGUGCCGCGGCCGCAGCGUCCUCAGUGCCUUAUUCUACUGCCCAGGCGUCUACACCAACUACAGCACAUCGUUUGCCUUCACCUGUGUGUGGUAUUGUGCCAUCAUCACCGCCGGGAUGGGCUAUGUCCUGGUGAUUCAGCUGCUGAACAUCAGCUACAACGUCACCGAGCGUGAGGCGAGGAUCGCCCUGCGGGAGAAGACCGGCCGCUGCGUCCUCGGGGGUCUGGUGGUGGACACGGGAACCUUCAACCAGGGACUUCUUCAGAACUGGCUCCACUUCCUGUCUGCGGACUGUGAGGGAGCGGAGCAGGACCUGCCGGACAUGGUGUGACGGCGCCGCAGCUCAUCAGCAGUGCCUUAUGCAGGAGCGACCUCAGUACUUACCUCUGUUACUUACACACUUGAAGCACAGGAACAAUCCCACCUCAUGCAUUUCUUAUCGGACAUUCCAGGUCGCCACAUCCUUAAAGGGACGGUCCAGUCCCACGUCAAUGAGGCUUAAUCACUGUGUAAUGAAAAGUUCUGCAACUUCCUGAUGUACUCUGUGUUACAAUUCCUUGCCUUUAUCAAGACAGCUGCUUGCAGUCACUGAAUUAAAUUAGUCAGGGUCUGCAUUCAGAGGGUGAAAACCCAUAUGGUUCAUCUCACAGCUGAAGGUUUGUCACAGUUGUAUCCAGUCAAUUCUCUUAGGUAAACACAGUGGCAGCUCAAAUCUCUCUUCCGCCCUGAACAUUUGUUACAGUGUAUCAGUUCAGAUAAAAUAUCUCCGUCUGUGUACGUCACUGGAUACAAUUGUAGUAGAACCCUAGCAGUGAGAAAUAUUAGAUCGGGCUACGAACCGCCAUGUUCUCAUUUACCCUCAGCAAUCAGAGAUCUUGAAAAUGGUGAUGAAUUGAAGCACCGUUGCAGAACCUGUCAUGACACCCCUUUUAGUUGCACUUGGGUGUCUGCUGAGUGCUCCCAGUGAUCGGGGUCUUGUGCAUUAGGUUUAGGGUCUUGUGUGGUGCUGAUGUCCGACAAUCAGACGUAUGAGCUAGAAAUACGACACUGCCGUAUGUCAUCGUAUAUAUAUUAUGUAUAGCGGGCCCCUCCCCCACAUGUCCGGGCUCCUCAGCUGCAGCGUUAGGUCGAAUGUGAUUGUAUCUCUGAUCGGCAGGUACGAGGGCUGGGGGGGGGGG